AAGAACAUUUCCAGAGUUACAAUCAAUGGUUCAAGCAGUAAGAUUUACAAUAAAGUUCCAUCAGAAGGGAAAUUUGCCACAUUGUUGAUCAAGUUAAGGCACAUACUGUGAUCUUAGGCUCAAAGUCAGAAGAUCAGGAUUAGGCCGAAUUUCGAAAGAGAGCAGCAAGCAGGUUCAAACAAGAUUGCGUACGUUGGUGACCAACACUAAAUUUUCAGAAAAUGAAAAAUCAAGAAGAAGUACAGCCAACUAACUGGCAGCCAUAUCCUCCGAAUAACACGUACCCAGCCAAUUCAUAUCCAGCCCAACCAUAUGCUGGUCAGCCCUAUCCAGCUCAGCCCUAUCCAGCUCAGCCCUAUCCAGCCCAACCAUAUGGGCAACCAUAUCCAGAUCAACAAGGGAUUCCAGCAGCUGCCCCUCCAAGCUAUGAGAAUACAAUAACCAAUACUACAAGCACCACUGUCAUUAUUACAGAUUCUCAUCCAGAAUCAUUUCACGAGAAUGAUAUGUUUUCAUUUGAUAGCAAAUCAGUGCGACUUGGAUUCAUCCGAAAGGUGUAUGCAAUUCUGGCUUUGCAGAUGGUUGUAACAAUUGGAUUUUCCUGUCUGUUUAUGUUUCAUGAACCAACAAAACUAUAUGUACAAAAUCAUAUUGGUGUUUAUAUUGCAGCUUAUGUUACCUUUUUCAUCCUUUACUUUGUUCUGGCAUGUUGUACAAAUGUUGCCAGGAGUUAUCCAGCAAAUAUGAUACUUCUCUGUGUCUUUACGAUCAGUUUGUCUUAUCUUGUUGCUGCAAUUACAAGCUUUCAUGACACAAAGAUCGUCCUUUUGGCCUUCGGAAUAACAUUGGUUGCCAGUGUUUCUGUGAUGCUGUUUGCUUGUCAGACAAAGUAUGAUUUCACAGGGUGUGGUGGAGUGCUUUUUGUAGCAUGCAUCAGCUUGUUGCUUUUUGGCAUUUUCGCUGGCAUCUUUGUCCCAUCGGGCAGCAUCAGUAUCGUCAACAUGGUUUACGCAGGACUUGGCGCUCUUUUGUUCAUGGGGUUCCUUGCCUAUGACACACAGCUGAUUAUGGGUGGAAGAAAAUUUGAAAUCUCCCCCGAAGACUAUGUCUUUGCUGCAAUGAUGUUGUACAUUGACAUCAUCUACAUCUUCUUGUUUAUUCUGUCUUUGAUUGGAGGAAAGAACUAAAGGUUGUUGUAAUCCAUGGUGUCAAGAGUAAGAUAAUUUGAUUGACAAUAACUGUUUUAUUAUUUGAAGUAUCUUUAAGCCAAAGGUGAUUUCAUUUUAGUAAUCGAUCUUUUUUACUACUUGCUAUCUUUUUACCGGAUUUUAUUUGAUAUUUUAAUAGCAGGGCUUAACAUCAUUUCAAAUUUGGCUUCUUCUCUACGGCUCUGGUAGCUAAGAUUACAAGUAAUUCAAAGUGCAGAUCAUAAAGCGUUUAAUUAAUAUAAGUAUUAAGGUUUUAUUCUGUUUUGGUUGUUCGAUUGGAUUAAAGAUCCAACGUAGAAAUCACCUGAUCUGGCUUGUAUUCCUGUCACUCAGUACUAUUUAGCUGCACCCUCUAAGCAAAGGUUCGUAUUCAUACGGAUAAUACAAAUGUUUACGGAGGCGGAAACCUUUUCAUUGUCAACGGCGCUGUUAUGAAAUAAAAGUCUUAAUAAUGUUAGAAACAGAAGAAACUUGCAUAUUAAGUUAGAUAUCGUAGCAAUAAUCUAAUCUAAUAUCAAAUCUUGUAAAGAAUAAGAUUGCUCAAAAUUGUCCCUGAUAUGGCCUAAGGGCUCAAAACUUUUUCCCAAGUAAUGCGUGCAUAUAGCUAUAGAUUCGGAUGCCCAUUAGGACUUUUGCGGUAGCAAGGGCCUAAAUGAUUUUCUUGCAGCUUCCGUUGUGUUGAUUUCAAUCGCUAUUUGUUGUUCAAUACCUUUUUCCCCAUUAUUAUUGUUUGUAAGUAUUUAUCGUGGCAAAAUUAUUCUUCAUAUUACUGUUUUGUGAUUAAAUGUACAGGAAGUAGUGAUUAAAUCAGAGUAGCAAGAGACAGGCAAUUCAGGGGUAACUAUCGUGUCAGGAAAUUCUGUAACCAGACUAUCAUUCCUGUAAGCAUAAAAGCUUUUCACUUUCUUGCAUUUGAUUCAAUAGAAGUAUUCUCUAGCGUCUACUUUAGCUCAACUCUUUUGCUACGGUAGAAGAAUGCUUAAACGUAUUUAUUCAAUUUAUAUGUAUGUCAGGUAUUAAGGCAUUAACCAUACGGCACUAAUUAUUGUACUGUUUUCUUAUGGUAGUGGUCUUUAAGUGAUGAUAUGAAUAAUUUAAUUGAUA